GUCCCGACUCUUAUACUGCUAUCGCUCGCUACUUCUGCCUCGAUUCUUCACUCCCUGCAAUUGAAUCGACAAUUUUAAUCGUAUUGAGUUCAAUGUCGGGUUAAGAGUUGCAUGAAUUUUCAUAGAAUUCCUUGAAGCGUUCGAUAUGGCGGAGGAUGAUGUGGAGGAGGAGGAGGAGGAGGCGGAGCUGGAGAGGCAGAUUAGAACGAUCAAAGCCCUCCAAACCAUGGAGAAGGAGCUCAUGCUGCCCACGCAGGUUGUGAUGCCUGUUUUGAUGAAGCUGAUGAGGGCUUACGAUGAUAAGUGGGAGCACAUUGAAGCAGACGGAUAUCGGCUCCUGGCGGACAUGGUUUUUGCGCAGAAGGAGGAAGCGGACAUGAAGGCGGCGGCGGUAGGUCCGUCUGGUACUCAGUUUAUCAAGAAGAAAAAGGGGCAAGAGUCUUGUGAGAGAAGAUCUAAUCCAGCACGAAGGACAGGCAGUUUUUGUAAUAGAAUCGAAAUUGACGACUCCGACGUAAACGAAGCCUCCUCACUAAAAUUGGUCCGUAGAAUAAGACAUCCAGCUGCGAAGCCCUUGACUCUAACCAGUGUUGCGUGUGCUGGGAAACGGAAAGCUAGUGAAGACGAGCCAGGUUGUGAGGAUCAGACUGUUCCACUCUCAUUCAGGAAUACGAAUCAGUGUGUGGAGCUUCAAAGUGUAACAGAGCGACAGGAAUUGAAUCGACUAUCGAGAGGAAAAUCUGUGAAAGCACCGAAUAUGGUGAAUCAGCAUACCCAGACCGAGGAGUGUUUUAAAGAGUUAGCUGGGACAAGAAAUAAUUCUCCUAAUCCAAAUGUAACUCAACCAAAACAGGAAAAUAUUCCUGUUUUUUUGCCCGCGAAUGAAAUUCGUAGACAAAUUCUCAAUCUGAGUGUUCCAAAAACAGUCGCGUGUGAUCUUUCAAUUGUGAAACAAGAAAACGAACCAACGACGUUCACGGUAGCAAAUUCUCAAAAGACUAAGGAGUCAUCUCCUACCACAAACUCUUUAAAAUUCUUUAACCCUGAGCCACUGCAAGCAGUGGCCCCAACAGCGCACUUGCUCAUAGCGCUCUCUUCGAUAGACCCUUCGGUUGAAGUUAUUAUAACUCACGUGAAUGAGUUGAUAGAGAACGAAACUCAAGAAUCAUUACUUGCGCAAUCUUCAACAAAAGCUCGAUUGAAAUGUGUAGGGUCGAAUCAGCAGCUCCAGGUUAAGGGAUCAGGAGUGACAGCUUGUUCGGCAAACCCUGCAAUUGAAACUGAAGAAAUAGUAGAAACCCAUGGAAGUUCACUACUUGUUAAACCUCGAGGCGAAUCGGACGGCGGACUAGAGGAAUCGGCAGGUUACGUGACUGAUUCUGAUACUUCAGAUGCAGAGAUCCCACUUGAGCCUGAAGGUGGAGUAGAGGAAGUGACAAACUUGAAAUCGAAAUGUAUGAAUCCUCAACUCUCAGAUGCAAGAGGAGGGUGACUGCACUCAGAACGCCGAGGCUUUGGGUCAGGUAGAAAACGCACAAAAAUCUCAAUCAAGAAACAACCUUUGCUGGAUGAGCAUAUUCAAAAAUAUGAAGACAAGCCUGGUCCAGAUGUUUCCAUUGUAAAGCACAAUGACCGUCAUGAUAUCAGCAGAGGGAAGGAACGAAUCCCUAUUUCUCUAAGUGGUCCUUAUACUAAGGAAUUGAUUAGAGAUUUCUUUUACAUUAACAGAAGCGUUAUGUCUAACAAUGCACAGGUAGGUACAUCAAUGGCAAGGAUUGGGGAGGAUGACAGAUGUAGUAACUAUUUGGGUAAUUGCUUAGAUAAUCCCACUCCUUGCGAGUGAGCUAGAUCAGCAGGCGGAGAGUAUGCUUACACAGUGGAAGGCUCUUUACAUCCCCUUUUUCUUAAACAGGAACUGGAGAGAAAGGACUUCCGUUUGCCUGCCUUUUGCAUGUAUUACUCUUCAUUUUGUAUGCUCUCAUUACGAAGAGGAUCUCAAACGUAUUUUACGACGACCUUUUAUUAAAGAGUGCUAGGAGAAAUGUGGUUGCACUCAGCAUUGUGGCAACCGUGUAGUCCAACGAGGCAUCAGUUAUAAAUUGCAGGUCUUCUGGACAGAAACUGGAAAAGGCUGGGGUGUGCGAACCUGGGAUAAUAUACCGGCAGGAUCAUUUGUAUUCGAAUUUGUGGGUGAGAUCCUGACCGAUGAUGAAAGUUUCUUGCGUCACCUAACAAUCCCGGCAGGCGAUCCUCAUUUCUCCCUGCAGCUGUUAGGCACCUGGUGCGCUGAGAAGCGUGAAAGGAAUAUUCACGUGGAUGCUACCAAUUAUGGAAAUGUUGCUCGUUUCGUCAACCAUAGAUGCUACGACAACAACCUGCUUGAGGUUCCUGUUCAGAUCGAGAGUGCGGAACAUGAUCAUGAUUAUGGUUUGAAUUUUAUUGACAAGAUUCAGCGGGUUCAAGCGUUCGACUAUCUUUGCGGAAGUGACUACUGCCGGGGUAACAAGCUCGAAAACAACUGGUAGAGGUCAGCAAUAGUGUUUCUGAUUCUCUCAUCGUCCCUGCCAGUGUCGAAGACUGAUAAGCGAUAUUCUUAUCAACCGAAGCUACAGAUUACGUAGCCAAGAUGGAGACAAGGAACACUAACAAAUUUCUAGCUACAUAAAUAUGCGAAAAUUCGAGGCACAAGUUCUCAGGCGUUACUCCAGGCAAUAUGGUAGGUCAUCGUUACCACUACGAUUUACCAAUUAUCGUUGGUCAUGAGGAAACUGAACUAAGAUUAGUUGUGACAAAUUAUCUUAAGUCAAGUUAAUUAAGUUGGACUUGGGAGUAUAUAUUUUGUAUUACGGGAGUACUUGACAGAGUGUGCAACUCUUUAAAUAAAGAUUAUGUGAGUAGACUCUUGAAUAAUUGCCAAUCA